GACGUCAUCGGCACAGGUGGCUGUGACCUCUGACCCCCUCUCAGCUGUUCAGCACCAACAUGGCGGAGGAAGGUGUGCACGUCCUGGCCGACCAGGCGACAAUCGGGACGGAACUCGGCGCUCUGGUCGCCGCCAAGGCCAAGGAGGCCGUGGCCAGCAGGGGGGUGUUCACCAUCGCCGUUUCAGGCGGCAGCACGACCAAGAUCUUCUGUCAGGAGAUGUUGAAGCACGCCGAUGUCGGAUGGGAGAAGUGGCGGGUGUUCAUGGCGGAUGAACGCUUGGUGCCCCUUGAUCAUGAGGAUUGCAAUUACAAAGGUUACAAGGAAGGACUUGUUGGGAGCGUGCCAUUGGCUGCUGAGCACAUCUAUCCCAUCAACCCCAGCCUGAGUGUGGAGGCAGCAGCCGAGGACUACACACAGAAACUCAAACAGGUGUUCAGUGAGGAUGUCCCAGUGUUUGACAUGGUUCUGUUAGGGAUGGGUCCUGAUGGUCACACCGCCUCUCUGUUCCCAGGACACAAACUACUGCAGGAGAGAACCCUCCUGGUUGCUCCCAUCAGUGACUCCCCGAAGCCGCCGCCCAACCGUGUGACCCUGACCCUGAAGGUGCUGAACCGAGCUCGCUGUGCCGUCUUCGUUUGUACCGGGGAGUCCAAGGCAGCCAAUGUCAAGGUUGUUCUGGAGGGUAACGAACAAGAUAACCCCCUGCCGGCCGCGUUGGUACAGCCGCUGGAUGGGGAGCUGCACUGGUACCUGGACAGCGCCGCGGCCAGCCAGCUGUCACAGCAAUGACUGGCGGCCAAACUCUGACCAAAACUUAUAAGCUGUUGGUAGAAGUCAUUAUGAAACAAGUUCGAACUGCAAUUUCCCACACAAGAAAUUGGAC